GCGAGCCCGGGCCACGGUGGCACUGUCCACCAGAUGGCUCGCCCGCGCCCGGAUCCCGAGCCGGAGACGGACUCGGUGUUCCCGCGGGAGGUCGGGCUCUUCGCCGACUCCUACUCCGAGAAGAGUCGGUUCCGUUUCUGCGGACACGUGUUAAACAUCACGCAAAACUUCGGGUCCCGCCUGGGGGUGGCCGCGCGCGUGUGGGACGCGGCUCUGAGUCUCUGCAACUAUUUCGAGAGUGAAAAUGUGGAUUUCCGAGGCAAGAAAGUGAUUGAACUGGGCGCUGGCACGGGCAUCGUGGGCAUCUUGGCAGCGCUGCAAGGGGGGAAUGUUACCAUCACUGACCUGCCCGUGGCCCUCGAGCAGAUCCAGGGCAACGUCCAGGCCAACGUGCCGGCUGGGGGCCAGGCCCGGGUCUGCGCCUUGUCCUGGGGGAUUGACCAGCAUGGCUUCCCCGGAGACUUCGACCUGGUGCUAGGGGCCGAUAUCGUGUACAUGGAGCCCACCUUCCCCCUGCUGCUGGGGACCCUCCAGCACCUGUGCGGGCCCCACGGCACCAUCUAUCUGGCCUCCAAGAUGAGAGAGGAGCACAGGACCGAGAGCUUCUUCCAGCACCUUCUGCCCCAGCAUUUCCAGCUGGAGCUGGCGCACCGGGACGAGGAGGAAAAUGUCAACAUCUACAGGGCCCGGCGCAGGGAACCAGGACCUGCUUGACGGCCGCCUCCAGCGCCACCGAACGGCUCGUCCCUGCGAAGCAACAGUCAGCCCUACAAAGCCCCAGACAGGGGACCAAAGAGGAUGGGAGUCCGUCGCCCCUCUCCUUUCUCCCUCCCCCUCUUUGUCCCUCAGAUGCUCUUGGACAGGGGAAGGGAGAGAUGCGUUUGCCAGAAUCCCUGAGAACCUGGGAUGCCCAGGCAGCGGGGAGGGUGUGUGCAGGCAGUCCAGGGCCAGGGAGGGAGCGGGCUACGAGCCAGGGUUCUAGGGAGACUCACCCCUUCAUUCCCCCCCCCCCAGGCGGUGCUCAGUUUGUACAGGGUGGAAUUUGGGUACUGCCAGAUUCUACUGGAGGAAAAGCUUGCAGGGAAAGAAAGGGGCAUGAAUGAUCCCUUCUGCGUCACGGAACUCAGGCUUUUGCUUGGGGCCUGAGGAGAAGCCACAGGUCCUGCCUCCUCUCCCGCCACCAGCUUCUUGUUUCCAGAGAAAUGCUGGGGGGGCAUGACUCCUUAAGUUGGGGCGGGGGCAGCAGAGCCAUCACCUUCUCCAGUGCUGGAGCCCCCGUCACUAGGACCCAGACUCUCUGCAUUUUCUAGCUUCCCAAGUCCUGUCUGUUCUUCGUCCUGAUGUACUUGCCUUCACUUUCCCCCCUUUCCCGCCAUGGUACCUCCGGCCUGGGGCUCUUUGCUUCCUCCCUGGGCCACACGUCACCGCCUCUGGACUCCUGGCCUGCAUUCUCUCUCCUUCAAGCCAUUUGCAAACGCUGUGAGCUUCCCCUGUCAGCUCAAAUUAGCGUUUGCUUCCUGCAGAAGCGAGACUGGACUCCUCGGCAUGGUGCUCAGUCUACCCUGGGUGGUACCCAGGGGUUCCCCUUCAACUGCAGCCCCCCUCUGCCUUCUUCCCCCCAACCUUCAGACAACUGAGCGAAAGUUGUUACUUGGUCCACCCCAAGAUACCCUGACCUCUUACCUCAUUCUUUUUAAUGAUUUCCCACCUGAAGGGCUAUUUAUUUUUAUCUGCCCAAAUCUUCAUUACUCUUUGCCUCUUUCUUAAAACAACAACAACAACAAAACUUUCCCCGAGCCAUCUGCUUCGAUAUGAUUUCUUUCUUAAGAUGCUGCAGCUGUUUGGUGAUCUUCAGGGACUUCCCUUGUGUGUGCAUUCCCCAUGAUCUCACCAUUAUCUGUGGUUUUCUCAUCUCUAAUUCCCCGAAGCCUAACACAGCUCUUGGGUCACAUGGAUGUUCAACAGAUGUUUCACUCAUUCAACAUUUUUUUUUCUUUUUGGGUCACACCCGAUGAUGCACAAGGGUUACUCCUGGCUCUGCACUCAGGAAUUACCCCUGGCGGUGCUGGGGUACCAUAUGGAUGCUGGGAAUCGAACCCGGGUCGGCCGCGUGCAAGGCAAACGCCCUACCCGCUGUGCUAUUGCUCCAGCCCCUCACUCAACAUAUUGUUGUUGUUGUUUUGGGACCACAGUGCUCAGGGUCUGCUCCUGGCUCUGGUAUUCAGGGAUCACUCAUGGUAGUGCUCAGGGGAUCAAUCAUAUGUAGUGCCUGAGACCAGACUGGGGUCAGCUGCGUGCAAAGCAAACACCUUACACCCCCGGCCCCCACUAUCUCUCCUGCUCUCAACAAAAUUUUAUUUAUUUUGUUGAAGAGGCUCCAUCCCUACUUUCUAAGGCUACCUGGGCGAAAUGUACGCACCUCUCGACCUUAA